AUGUACUGCGACCAAAAGACAAUUUUGAACCAUCUUCACUCGAUGGGAUUUGCCGAAAAACUCGGAGCUUGGGUACCACACCACGACAACGCACGGCCUCACACAGCAAACAUCGUCAAAGCCGCCCUCCAAGAGCUCGAUUGGGAAGUCCUUCAGCACCCACCGUACUCUCCGGACCUUACGCCAACAGAUUAUCACCUUUUCCGCUCGCUGUCGAACCAAAUGCGAGGUGUUACCUUCGACAACAACGAGGACCUCGAAAAUUGGCUCAACAACUUCUUCGAGUCCAGGCCCGGCGGUUUUUGGCAAAACGGUAUUAACAAGUUGGUCGAGAGGUGGGAGCAGGUCGUAAACAAUGACGGAGAAUACAUAGUUGAUUAA